AUGGCCUGCUGUGCCACUAGCUUCUGUGGGUUUCCCAGCUGCUCCACCUCUGGGAACUGUGGCUCCAGCUGCUGCCAGCCCAGCUGCUGGGAAACCAGCUGCUGCCAGACUGGCUGUGGCACUGCAGGUGGUGUCAGUUUCGGCCAGGAGGGUGGCAGCGGUGCCGUGAGCUGCCGCACCAGGUGGUGCCGCCCAGACUGCCGCGUGGAGGGCACCUGCCUGCCCCCGUGCUGCGUGGUGAGCUGCACGCCCCCAACCUGCUGCCAGCUGCACCAUGCCCAGGCCUCCUGCUGCCGCCCAUCCUACUGUGGACAGUCCUGCUGCCGCCCGGCCUGCUGCUGCUACUGCUGUGAGCCCAGCAGCUGCCAGCCCACCUGCUAA